AUGCAGUUUGAGGUCCUCGCGCGAUGCCCCACGACUAGGGCGCGGGUGUCGAAGAUGACUCUGGCUCAUGGGACGACGAUGUUACCAACCUUCAUGCCCGUGGCGACGCAAGCGGCCAUCAAAGGUCUCACGGCUCAGCAAGUUGAAGCCCUCGGCGUCACCCUGAUCUUGAACAACACGUACCACCUCAACCUCCGACCAGGGAUCAAGGUUCUGCAGGAGGCAGGCGGGGCACACAAGUUCCAAGGAUGGAAGCAUAACCUGCUGACUGACAGCGGCGGCUUUCAACUCGUUUCCCUAAGCAAGUUCACUAAGAUUACGGAGGAAGGCGCCAUGUUCGCCUCGCCUUUCACCGGGGAGCCUACGAUGCUCACCCCAGAGGAAAGCAUCUCCAUCCAACAUGCCAUCGGCGCAGAUAUCAUCAUGCAGCUCGAUGAUGUAGUCUCCAGCUUGACCGUUGGUCCGCGUGUAGAGGAGGCUUCGGAACGCUCCGUGCGAUGGCUGGACCGGUGCAUUGCCCACCACAAACAAUCCGGAAGAAGAGAAGUCCAGAACCUCUUCGCCAUCGUGCAAGGAGGACUGAGCCCCGAGCUACGAGAUCGUUGCUUGGACGAGAUGAUCAAGCGGAAGGACGAAGUAGCUGGAUAUGCGAUUGGUGGCCUCAGCGGGGGUGAGGAGAAAGAUGUAUUUUGGAGGAUAAUCGCUCAGUGUGCGCAACGGUUACCCGAUGACCGGCCGCGGUAUUCAAUGGGCAUUGGUUUCGCCGAAGAUCUGCUUGUAUGUGUUGCCCUCGGGGUCGAUAUGGCCGAUUGCGUGUUUCCUACCCGCACAGCUCGGUUUGGGGUCGCAUUGACCUUCAAAGGCCCACUCAAUUUACGUCUGAGCAAACAUGCUAAAUCAUUUGAACCAAUCGAAGCGGAUUGUCCUUGUCCAACGUGCAGUUCAGGAGUAUCUCGAGCUGCUUUGCACCAUUCCGUGACCCUCGAAACGGCCACAGCCCAUGCGAUCACACAACAUAACAUUGUCUUCCAAGCGCGAGUAAUGGGCGGUGCUCGCGAUGCUAUCAUGGAAACUCGCUUCCCUGAAUACCUCCGAACGUUCUUCACGAAUUACUUUGGCGACGAGGGGUACCCUGAGUGGUGUGUGAAUGCGCUCAGGAGCGUGGGCGUCGAUCUCCUUGAGGGCAAACCGAACGCAAAGGUGCAAAAGGGUGAUGGGGUGAAAUGGGAAUACUCGGACGUUGCAUAG